AAGUGAAAAGAGUUCGAUUUGAACAAAACCAAAACAAGUCUGCGUAGGUGCUCUCUCUCUGCUUCUUGUCAGCUGUGCAGCGUGGAAAUGAAGAAACGCACCGUUUACGCAUGGGGAGUAGCGAUCCUGUGCUUCGUUGUGCUGAUGAUCGUGACCCCAGUGAUUCCUCAGUCUCAAGCUUACCACGAUUUUGCUGACAAACGCGAAUUCUUCGGUAUUCCCAAUACACUUAAUGUGGUUUCAAAUUUUCCUUUCCUUGUUAUUGGUGUCAUAGGGCUUGUACUUUGCUAUCAUGGGAAUUAUUUCAGGCUGAGCUUGCAAGGUGAGCUUUGGGGUUGGACAUGUUUCUACAUUGGUGUUGCUGCCGUUGCUUUUGGAUCCUCAUAUUAUCAUCUCAAGCCAAAUGAUGCUCGUCUUGUGUGGGAUCGCUUGCCAAUGACUAUUGCAUUCACAUCAAUAAUCGCGAUUUUUAUCAUUGAAAGGAUUGAUGAAAGGAAGGGGAAAAUCUCCAUCAUACCACUACUAAUGGCAGGCAUAAUAAGCAUUUUCUAUUGGAGGUUUUUUGAUGACCUCCGCCCAUAUGCCCUGAUCCAGUUUGUUCCUUGCAUUGCUAUUCCUGUAAUGGCUAUCUUAUUGCCUCCAAUGUAUACACAUUCCACGUACUGGCUUUGGGCUGCAGGAUUUUAUCUUUUAGCUAAAGUGGAAGAAGCAGCAGAUAAGGUGAUUUACGAAUGGACUCAUCAUAUUGUUAGUGGGCACACGCUUAAGCAUUUGUGUGCUGCCAUGGUUCCUGUGUUCUUGACACUUAUGCUUGCAAAGAGGAGUAUUGAAAGAGAGAGGCAAAGUCUGCUCCAGACGUGGAGGGUUUCCUGGACAAAGGUCAAAGUGAAUGGCUCCGGGGUGGAGAGUGGCACUUCUUCAUACUCAACCGUUCCAGUCGUUGAAGCUCCUUGACUCCAGGGUGGAGAGCGAAACAUGUUCAUACUCAAUAGUUCCAGUAAUCAAAUCUCGUUGAAAAAAGAAGAAAAGAAGUAAAAAAACUUUGGUUUAUGUAGACCAAGUAAAACAGACCACACUAACCUUGUAGUAAAACAUUGGCUCAACGCCAAAA